AUGCCCACACAUACCGCGUCCCAGCGCUACCUGAGUACCCGUGGAGGGUCCUAUGAUUUCUCCUUCGAGGAAGUCGUGCUCAAGGGCCUCGCCUCUGACGGAGGCCUAUUCAUCCCAGAAGAGAUCCCGGUCCUUCCCAGCGACUGGGCCACGAAAUGGCAUAAUCUAUCCUUCGAGGACCUCGCAUACGAGAUCUUCUCUCUCUACAUCUCACCCUCCGAGAUCCCCUCCGCCGACCUGAAAGACAUCAUCCACCGCAGCUAUGCUACUUUCCGCACGAAGGACGUCGCCCCAACCGUCACGCUCGAUAAAGAGAAGAACAUACAUUUGCUGGAGCUGUUCCACGGGCCUACGUUUGCGUUCAAGGAUGUUGCGCUGCAAUUCUUGGGCAACCUGUUCGAAUACUUCCUUAUCCGCAAGAAUGAGGGCAAGAGCGGGCGCGAUAGGGAACACUUGACAGUCAUCGGCGCAACCAGCGGAGACACUGGAUCUGCAGCCAUCUAUGGCUUGAGGGGAAAGAAGGAUGUCUCGGUCUUCAUCAUGCAUCCGCACGGCAAGGUCAGCGCGAUCCAGGAAGCGCAAAUGACGACCGUCUUGGACGCCAACGUGCACAACUUGGCCGUAGACGGCACGUUCGACGACUGCCAGGACUUUGUUAAAGCCCUCUUCGCGGACCCGGAAAUCAAUAAGACGCACAAGCUCGCAGCUGUGAACUCCAUCAACUGGGCGCGCAUCCUCGCCCAAAUCACCUACUACUUCUACUCGUAUUUCAACCUCAUCCGGCAACAGUCCUUCCUCCCCGCCUCCAAGGUCCGCUUCGUCGUCCCGACGGGCAACUUCGGUGAUAUCCUCGCGGGCUACUUCGCAAAGCGCAUGGGCCUGCCCGCAGAGAAGCUAGUCAUUGCCACCAACGAGAACGACAUCCUGCACCGCUUCUGGUCGUCCGGCAAGUACGAGAAGCACCCGGUGUACGGCAAGGCAGCGGAAGGCGGCCUGCCAGAAGACGGCGUCAAGGCGCACGAGAGCGGCGUAAAAGAGACGCUGAGUCCCGCCAUGGACAUCCUCGUAUCGUCCAACUUCGAGCGCUUGCUCUGGUUCCUAGCCUACGAGGUAUACAGCACGUCCGCAGAUGCGGUGUCCCAGCGCCGCGCGCAGGCCGGUGACCAUGUGAAGAACUGGCUCAACGACUUGAAGUCCAAGGGUGGCUUCGGCGUCGACAAGCAGAUCCUGGCCGCCGCACAGGAAGACUUUUCUUCGUACCGCGUGAGCGACGAGGAGACCAUCGCAACUAUCAAGCAGAUCUACUCCGCGCCUGCGUCCAAGGGCUACGUCCUGGACCCGCACUCCGCCAUCGGCAUUGCGGCGUCGCUGCGCGACACGGAGGUUGCGGGCCCGCCUUCGACGCACCACAUCUCGCUUUCGACUGCGCAUCCUGCCAAGUUCAAUAACGCGGUUGAGCAGGCGUUGCCAGAUGACAAGGCGUAUUUCUUGGAGAAGGUCUUGCCAGAGGAGUUCAAGGGGCUGGAAGACAAGCCGAGGAGAGUGAGCCACGUCAAGAAGUCGGACGGCUGGGAGGGUGUGAGGAAGGUGGUCAUCGCGGAGGUAGAAGCUGAACUGCAAGCUGCAGAUAAGGCAGGGCGGUAG